GGGGCACUUUUCGGGCUAUAAAAGUAAUGGCAUUUUCCAGCUACGGUAUCAAAUCAGUUCUAGCAACCCUUUAGUGCAGAAGUGCAUCGCAGUCGCAGUUUACACAGUUUAUCUGUUAAAAUCAACCACCCCCAAAUAACCAACAAGAUGAAAUCCUUCAUUGCUCUGUUCGUCAUCCUGGCCAUCGCUGCCGUCUAUGGCGCUGAGGAGACCAAGACCACCGAGAAGCGAGGCAUCUACGGUGGAUUGGGCUACGGAUACCCCGGCUACGGUGGCUACUACGGUGGACUCGGUGGAUACGGAGGACUGGGCUAUGGUGGAUACCACUCUGCUGGAUACUACGGUGGAUACCCAGCUGGUGGUGCAGGAUACCUCGGCGGGCACGGAUACUACAGCGGCGGUCUGCACGGAUACCCAUACGGAGGACUGGGCUACCACGGAUUCCACUAAGCGGCGACGACGAGGACGAUGACGAUGAGCUCCUAUGCGAAACAAGGCUGUUCCUUUCCAACCCACCAAAACGAUGUGUCUACACUAUGAGGCGAAGACUUUCCAACACACUACAACAUCUUCCAUUCGUUGGGACCAACGCGUGUGUAAAAUGAAGUAUUCAACAACAGAACGAACAUCACUAUCGGACGACAUGUAUAUUUUUUAUAUCCAGAUUUUUAUACGUCUACUACUCUCCUUUUAUACUCAAUAUCGACGAAGCCGAUACACUGUCAGUGAUGUAGUGUUUCAAAAUUUUACCAAUGUGUAAAUACUUGUGAUGAUUUACUAUUUCGUACGACAUCUUUUACUCUUUUACCCCCAUUCUAGUAUGUAGAUUUUGUACAGUACAAUAAAAAAAACGUUUAAAACUCGAAAA